AUGAAAGGACUGGAUAUUUUCUGUGCUUCUCCAGCUUCCACAGCCAUUUGCACUAGCAUGGACCAACAUGCCAUGGUCCGCCUAGGCCCCGCAACCAUUGAUCAUCCUCAUCCUCAUUCUCAUCAUCAUCCUCAUCAUCGUCUUCAUGAUCGACCCAAAAACCAGCCUCACAAUCAAACUCACCAUCACCAUGUCCCUUGCUCAUCUCAGCUACCAAUUGAUCCCAAACCAUUUUAUGAGAAAUGUAGGAAGAGUUUUUCUAGUGCACAAACUCAGCUACGUAGAAAAAGCUCUGCUGACAUUCAUGACUUAACAAGGACUAGGAGCCUCAAUGGUUCUUCUUCUUCUCGGUAUCUUUUAAGCGACUCGCCCUUCGUCGGCUGGUUAUCGGAGGCCGAUCGGAAUGUUUCUGCUAAUACAAUAUUGCUCCCUCCCCAAGUGCCCUCUAAGCCUAGACGGUUGAUGAUCUCAAAUGAUCACUCUCCUGCUUUAAGGUCUUCUUCCACUCGUUCUCGUCAUCAGGUUGUUGUUUUGAGGGUGUCACUUCAUUGCAAGGGCUGUGAAGGAAAAGUGAGAAAGCAUCUUUCUAAAAUGGAAGGAGUGACAUCAUUUAGUAUAGAUUUUCCAACCAAAAAGGUCACAGUCAUUGGAGAUGUUACGCCAUUAGGUGUGCUCUCAAGUGUCUCCAAGGUGAAGAAGGCUCAGCUCUGGUCUUCUCCAACAUCAUCAUCACCAUCCUCUCGAUGGUCAGCAUGA